AUGGCUCCAGAUAUUCCUCUCAAUGGACAGGAGCCCUCUAACAUGACCAAUUCGAUUGAGUUGUCACAGGACUUGAUUAAAUCUACCACUUCUAUCUACACGACUAAAACAAAACCAAAAGAAGCACACCCUCAAUACAGUCAAAACAGUUAUAGUGAUGAAAUUGAGACUGAAACUGAAGGCGAUUGCAGUGGAACAGAAGAUGAAAUACAAUCUCUGGAGUCCAUGAUUACCUCCAAUCCCUUUAGAAAGUGGAAAUCCUACAGUCCCUUGUCCUCGUCAUCAAGUAGGUACUCCAGGUUCAGUUAUUUGUUUAACUUAUUAAGUAUAUUGAGGAAGUUUGUGAAGUACGUGGGUCCUGGAUUAAUGGUUUCCGUGGCUUAUAUGGACCCUGGUAAUUUCGCCAGUAGUAUCGCUUCUGCCCAAUUUCAAUAUAAGUUGUUAUUUUCACUAGUCAUAUCAAACAUUAUGGCUGGAUUUUUACAAAUUUUAGCAGGUAAACUAGGCAUAUGUACAGGUGAAGAUUUGGCUGCCAACUCUAAAAAAUACUUACCUGCAGGGCUUAACAAAAUCAUCUACAUAUUUGCCGAAAUUGCUGUGAUUGCAACUGAUGUGGCAGAAAUUAUAGGUACUGCCAUUGCAUUCAACAUUAUUUUCAAUAUACCCUUAUUGGGCGGUGUAUUGCUCUCCAUUGUGGACAUGCUAUUUGUCAUUAUGGCGUAUCGACCAGAUGGCCCUAUGGUUUUACUAAGAAUCUUCGAAGGAUUUGUCAGUUUAUUGGUUUUUGGAACUGUUAUCUGUUUUGCGAUUGAGUUAGGCAAAGUCUCACCAACGACUAAUUGGAAGGAUGUAGCGCUGGGCUUUUUACCUUCCAAAGUGAUUUUCACCGAUAUCAAUGGACUAUAUCUCUCUGCAGCGCUAUUAGGAAGUAAUUUGAUGCCUCAUUCCCUAUAUUUGGGAUCUGGAGUUGUUCAGGCAAGAAUGAAAGCUUAUGAUAUUAAGAUGGGACUCUAUAAGAUUCCGGCUAAGAAAAAGACAAAAAGCUUAUUCAAGUUUGAAGAAGCUGAUCAAGAUAAUGAUGUAGCUGAAAAAUAUAAACCAUCAAUUCACGCUAUUGACGAAACAAUGAACUAUACAAUUGCGGAGUUGAUUGUAUCGUUAAUUACUGUUGCACUAUUUGUCAAUGCUGCCAUUCUUAUUGUUGCGGGCUCUGCAUUAUCGAAUCCCAUGGAUGAUGAUGGCGAUGGUGCUCUAGAAAAUGCAGAUUUAUUUACUUUGCAUCAUUUACUAACAAGUCAUUUAUCUAAGGCGGCUGGUUCUGUUUUUGCCUUUGCGUUGCUAUGUUCUGGAUUAUGUGGAGGUACAGUUGUUACAAUUGCAGGCCAAAUGAUAAUGGAAGGACAUUCAGAUGCUAGGAUUCCGCCUGGAAUAAAAAGAAUGAUUACUCGUUUCUUGGCUUUGAUCCCAUGUGUCACUGUUGUGCUGAUUGGGGGUAGAGAAGGGUUAAGUACAGUACUAAAUGCAUCUCAAGUAGUUCUUUCGUUUGUCUUGCCGUUUAUCUGCGCACCACUUAUCUACUUCACCUCAAAUAGAGAAAUCAUGAAAGUGGAAAUAUUCGAAGAGGUUAAAACGCCGACAGAGUGUCAUGAGCUGGCGAUUGUUGGUGGAGCCGCCAAAGGGGGCAUUAGUCACAGUAACCCGUCUGUCGAAUCUAUCUCAGAGGUCGAACAGUAUACACAGGAACAAAGCAUACCCAAUGCAAUGAGAAAAUAUAAAAAUAUGAGUAACAGCAAAGCUACUACAAUCAUUGCAGUUAUCAUCUGGAUUAUAAUAACAUUUCUUAACUUCUGGCUUUUAGUUAGUAUGGCCUUAGGAGUAGAUGUUCCGGUUUAG